AUGGCAGUUAAGACUACUCUUCUCUGUGCUCAAAUACUUCUGAUCCAGUCGGCGCUUGGCCAAGUGAUCAAUGGUAACAACUGGUACCGAUCAGGAGGUGUCUCUAGUGCAAGUGCGGCGGCAGAAAGUUCCGUCGCUGUUACCAACAAUGCUGGUCUUGGAUUGAUUGCUCCGGGAGUUGGUUUGGCCAAUACUGGCCUAAUUGGAUCUGGACUCGGCUUGGCUAAUACUGGGGUCAUCAGCACUGGUUUAGCUAACUCUGCUGUAAUCGGUAACACUUUAUUGCCUGCUCCCACCACUGCAUUCCUGGAUAUCACGUCAUUCUCUACCGGCGAUGUUCUGCCCAUCAGCAGCUUCUCUCCCAUCGCUCCAGCUGGAAUCACUGUGGUGUCACAGAAUACUAUCGAAGGACCAUUGGCGGUCGUUGGACAGCUGCCGUUCUUGAGUGCUGUGGCAUUUGAAGGUGCGCUGGCGUCUGAAGGCGCGGGCGCUGCUGGAUGCGGCUGCGGUACCGCCGGCAACAUUGGCAUCAUCAAGGAAAGUUUCGCUCCUAUUGCAGCACCAGCUCUUGGUGGACUCGGCCUAGGAGUGUUCUAA